AUGCUGAAGCAGCGUGUGAGAUACGCCCCGUAUCUGCAGCGGGUCAAAACCGCGGCAGACGUGGUGCCAAUGUUCCGUACCGGCCAGUCGCUGGGUUGGUCCGGCUUUACCGGCGUGGGCGCCCCGAAAGUGGUACCGCAGGCGCUUGCAGACCAUGUGCAGCGCGAAAACUUGCAGGGCAAGCUGCGGUUCGAUUUGUUUGUCGGCGCCAGUGCCGGGCCCGAAGAGAGUCGGUGGGCUGAGCUCGACAUGAUUGCACGUCGGUCGCCACACCAGGUGGGCAAGCCGAUCGCCAACGCCAUCAACGACGGAAGGAUCCAGUUUUUCGACAAACACUUGUCCAUGUUCCCCCAGGACCUGACGUACGGCUUUUACUCUCGCCACAAGCCACGCGAUGCGCCAAUCCUGGACUUUGCCAUCAUCGAAGCCACUGCGAUCAAGGAAGACGGUUCUAUCGUUCCCGGAGCCUCCGUAGGGGCCUCGCCAGAGUUUGUUGCAGUGGCUGAGAAGGUUAUUAUUGAGGUCAACACCGCUACGCACUCCUUCGAAGGUAUCCACGACAUUGACAUGCCGAUAAAUCCACCCCACAGGCCGCCUUACCCUUAUACGACCGUAGAUCAGCGGUGCGGUGUGAAUGCCAUCCCGGUGGACCCUGCCAAAGUUGUGGCGAUUGUCGAAUCUGACCAGCGGGAUAAGGUACCUCCCAAUCACCCCGCAGAUACCACUUCGAGGGCCAUCGCUUCUCAUUUAGUCGAGUUUCUCGAGCACGAAGUCACAUGGGGACGGAUGCCUAAAAGUCUGCAUCCCUUGCAGUCCGGCAUUGGCAACAUUGCUAACGCCGUUAUUGAAGGUCUCACCUCAUCAUCUUUCAAAAACCUGACAGUUUGGACUGAGGUUCUACAGGAUUCCUUCUUAGACCUCUUCCAGAACGGUUCCCUCGAUUAUGCCACAGCCACUUCUAUUCGUCUCACUGAGCCUGGCUUCAAAAGAUUCUUCGAUCACUGGGACGAAUUCGCGAGUAAGCUAUGCUUGAGAUCCCAGGUGGUGUCGAACAGUCCUGAACUUAUACGUCGUCUCGGCGUCAUUGCCAUGAAUACCCCGGUUGAAGUGGAUAUAUAUGCACACGCCAACUCCACCAACGUGUCGGGUUCUCGGAUGCUAAAUGGAUUAGGUGGCUCUGCGGAUUUCUUGAGGAAUGCCAAGCUAUCCAUCAUGCAUGCACCUUGUUCAAGGCCGACAAAGACCGAUCCAACGGGCAUUUCCACGAUUGUCCCCAUGGCUUCCCACGUCGACCAAACCGAGCAUGACCUGGACGUGGUUGUAACAGACCAAGGUUUGGCGGAUUUGAGAGGACUUUCCCCAACAGAACGAGCCCGUGAAAUUAUUCAGCACUGUGCACACCCUGAAUACCAGCCCAUUUUGAAUGAUUAUUUGGAAAGGUCUGAAUUCUAUGCGCGAAAGAAUAAAUGCAUGCACGAGCCUCACAUGUUGAAGCAUGCUCACCAGUUCCACAUUAAUCUGGCAGAGAAAGGCACCAUGAAAGUCAAGUCUUGGGACUAG